AUGGCAGACUCCCAACGCUUCUCACUUACCAAAACCCUCCUUUCAUCCGACGCCGCUGGCUUCCGGCAGGCUACCCAGUCGACCUUUCUCCAGCGAGCAGCCGAGGGCAAGGUCCCCAAAGACACUCUGGGGCAAUGGCUCGCCAACGACCGCCUCUACAUCUUGGGAUACAUCCGAGGAAUCGGCAAGACGCUAAGCUUCCUGCCCCUCCCGGAAACGGUGCCGCCGCCGUCACAAGGCAGCAGAGAAACAGCUACCACCCGUCUCCUAGACUGGCUCAUCGACGCCGCGACCAACAUCCGCCGUGAAGAAAAGUUCUUUGUCGACACGGCACGCAAGUUCGGCAUCAGUGUCAACCUGCCCGCCGACGAGGACGGCCACGUCCCCGACAGCGCCAAGCUGGAAGGCCUGCGGCGCUUCGAAGCUCUCUUUGGCGGGCUUGGCCCCAGCGCCAGCGCCACCCUGCCGUGGCUAGAGUGCGCCGUCGUCUUCUACGGGACGGAGAAGUGCUAUCUGGAGGCGUGGACGUGGGCCAGGAACCGCCAGCGCGAGCUGGGUGAGCUGGAGGGCGGAGAUGCCGAUGGCGGGGCCUUGCGCACCGAGUUUAUUCCAAACUGGACUGGCACCGAGUUUGCUGCCUUUGUCGACCAGCUUGGCAAGAUCGUGGACGAUGCCGUUGUGGAGUGCACCAGAGGCGCGGGAGACGAGGUUAGAAAUGAGCUUGUUGAGCGGUCGUUGGCCAAGUGGCGAGAGCUGCUGGCGGCCGAGAAGGCUUUCUGGCCGGCAAUGGAGUGA